GUCGCCACUGAAAGCGAUCGACCAAUAGAAGCAGAUUCCAAAAUAACAGAUAUCGUACCGACAUUAUAUACGUUAAGAUAAUAACAACAAAAACAACAAAAAUAUUAUGUUUCAGCCGUACGCCACCGCGCCCAUGUUCGCUUUCGUGAUACUUUUGAAUUUCUUCUUCUUGAAUUCGCCCAUCGAAUCGGCGAUAAACGGCAAGAUCUACGAUACGUGCCAGAAGUGUUUGGCUGACACAUGCCACAAAGAUUCGAACAGGCCGUGCAUUUCCAGGUCCGACGGCGGGUACUUUUGUUUCACGUGUGAUCCCGAAAAUGGCGACCAACAGUUCUAUUCCGAAGACGAAUGCAAGAAGGGCUGCACGGACCAGAAGAGAACCUGCGUUUGUACCGACGCGUGUUUCGUGUGCAUCGCAAAUGAGCGCAUCAAAAGUGCUAAUUUAGAGGAAUGCAAUUUGCUAACCAAGGAGGAAUUGAACGUAACAUGCGUGUAA